AUGGAUGCUGCAGAUGACGAUGUGGCGGAGGGGAACGCAACGGUGAGCGAUGGCCUUUGGUGGUGCGGCCGCUGCUAUCAGAAACGGUUGGACGGCAUAAAGAGAGACGAGAAACAGCCAGAGCACACAGCGAACAAUACGCAUGGAUCGGGGGGUGAGGCGCCGGUGCCUCCAGAUCCGUUGGACACGGUGCGCGCUAUGGUGGAAGAUGUCGUCCGUCGAGGUGAGAUCCUGUACUGGCAGGACGUCGCCGCGUGGAGAGCACUCGGCACGAAACUCAAGGGCGCGACGAAGAAAAAUGUUUUCUCCAUCCCGGCUAGGAACAGCAUCAACAAGGCCACGAAGAGUCAAGGGAGGUCGUCUGCACUCAAGGAUUCCGUCGGUAAUGCCUACGCUGGGGGGCAAGAGUGGAAGGCCCUCACGCUGAACAUGAUCGAUGCGGCCAGAGAAGGUGGGGGUGUGGUGACGCAAGACCAGAUGCUGGAAAUGGUAGCUUCCGUAGGAGCGGCCACGCCGUACAGCAUGGCCAACGCGACAGGAGGUGAGGAAGAGAGCGUGCGCAAUACAGGAGCUAAGCACGCCAACAAGGCGGCAGGUCCAGGGAAAUGGGUCAGAGAGCACUGUGCCGACGGGUUCGCAGACGACCCGUUUUACGACGCCGACGCUCAUGGCGUGGAUCUUCCCGUGUCAAUCCACCAAGGGGUGCACCCGGAAUAUCUCGAGAAGGGAACUGCGGGAGUAAUCGACUACUUCAAGAGGCAGCUGUUGUCGAAGUGGCUGCAGCCAACCGAGCUACUCAUGGUGUGCUACGACCGACAGGAACUGGUCCCGGUAAUCAAAGGACAAGAGCAGCUUGGGAGGACCGAGAAACUUGGUGAGUGCUCUCGGACCUUCGACCCGAAGUCAACGGACCCUGUUCCUUCGUUACAGUAUGGACCAUGGCUUCGAGCCGAUGGCAAGGCGGCGCGGGACGGAAUCGCCGCCAACCUCGCCAUGCGCGUGCUAGCUGAUGAAGUCUGGACCGGCGACACCAAGCCGAACGGAAUCGUCGCAUUCUAUGGCGUCGGAGGUGAGCCUGGUCUGAGAGCUGAUCAUCCAUCUGGUGUAACUCGGAGGCGCUUUCCGGAACCGUACCACUCCUUCACUUUCGAAACGGAAANGGCGCGGGACGGAAUCGCCGCCAACCUCGCCAUGCGCGUGCUAGCUGAUGAAGUCUGGACCGGCGACACCAAGCCGAACGGAAUCGUCGCAUUCUAUGGCGUCGGAGGUGAGCCUGGUCUGAGAGCUGAUCAUCCAGCUGGUGUAGAUGCGGAGGGCGUAGGCCUUGAGAUGGGAGGGGUAGGUGCCACGGAGGCGCUUUCCGGAACCGAACCACUCCUUCACUUUCGAAACGGAAACGAUCCGGUACUCGGCGUCGAGCGGCAGCGAGGGCCAGACAUCGGCGAGGCGGAGCUCUCCGUGAUACACUUCAUCGUUUGGGCGAAGAGGUACUGGGGGAAAAACUUCCACAAGUGGAUCGUUUCAUCGGUAGACACGGACCUAUGGAUGAUCAUUCUACUGGCGAUGACCACUGGUUGGCUCCGGCCUCGUGGCGAGGGGGCGGUUGACGUGACCGUCCAGAAGGUCGUGGGUGGCGAGACCAAGUUCCUGUGGAUGAACAGAGUGUUCGCCAGCAUCUGCGAGCUCCAGGACGGAAGCGAGUCCGCGUGGCCGCCAUUGACCUUCAGGGGAUGGAUUCCCACGGACAAUGACAAGGUCCGUCUGUUCGUCCUAACGUUCCUGGAGUCGGGCUAUGUGGGUACUGGCCCUCAAGAGCGUGCGGACGGAGGGAUUGUUUGA